AUGGAGGAGAAUGAGAAAAGAGGGAAACCUGAGGAGAGGAGAGGGGUCUUCCGCUCUCCUUGGCAGAGAUUAACUGCAGUGCUGGCAUUGGCGACGCUCAUAUCUGCAUUCGGUUCAUCCUUUCAGUAUGGAUAUAAUGUGGCAGUCAUCAACUCUCCCGCACCGUUCAUGCAGCAGUUCUAUAAUGAAACCUACCUAGAGCGUUACAAACGGCCGAUGGAGGACAGCGUCCUCACUCUGCUCUGGUCUCUCUCUGUGUCCAUGUAUCCUCUCGGAGGUUUCUUUGGCUCCUUAAUGGUGGCCCCACUGGUCAACAAACUAGGGAGAAAGGGCACCCUCCUCUUCAACAACAUUUUCUCCAUCGUCCCUGCUGUGAUGAUGGGAGUCAGUGAGAUUGCAAAGUCCUAUGAGAUCAUUAUUGUAGCGAGAUUUAUUGUGGGCAUCUGUGCAGGUCUUUCAUCCAACGUGGUGCCCAUGUAUCUGGGUGAACUGUCUCCUAAGAAUCUGAGAGGUGCCAUCGGUAUCGUACCACAGCUCUUCAUCACCAUCGGCAUCCUCAGUGCACAAGUUUUGGGUGUCAGAAACAUCCUUGGAAACACCACAGGCUGGACCCUUAUGCUGGGUUUAACUGGAAUUCCGGCCCUGAUCGAGCUCCUGCUGCUGCCUUUUUUCCCGGAGAGCCCCAGGUACAUGCUGAUCCAGAAGGGCGAUGAGAAGAGAGCGAGGGAAGGGCUUCGGCGUUUGAGAGGCUGGGAUGAUGUGGACGCAGAGCUGUCAGAGAUGCACCUGGAGAACCAGUCGGAGCGAGCCGAGGGCCGCCUGUCGGUGCUCAGCCUGCUCUCCCAGCGCUCCCUUCGAUGGCAGCUGGUCUCCAUCGUCGUCAUGAACAUGGGGCAGCAGCUGUCCGGGGUCAAUGCGAUUUACUACUAUGCAGACAGUAUUUAUGCCACUGCAGGAGUCAAACCCAAUGACAUCCAGUAUGUAACCGUGGGAACAGGAGCAGUGAACGUCUUCAUGACUAUAGCAGCUGUCUUCAUCGUGGAGGCCUCAGGACGCCGGCUGCUCCUCCUCUGUGGAUUUGGGAUCUGCUGUGUCGCUUGUGUGGUGUUGACUGUGGCUCUCAACUUCCAGGAAAGUGUGACGUGGAUGCCCUACAUCAGCAUCGCCUGUGUCAUCAUCUACGUCAUAGGACACGCCAUAGGACCCAGUCCCAUUCCUUAUGUGGUGACCACGGAGAUGUUCAGGCAGUCGGCCAGACCCGCUGCCUUCAUGGUCGCAGGAUCCGUCCACUGGCUCUCAAAUUUCACCGUUGGCCUGGUCUUCCCUUUCCUAGAGAGAGGCCUGGGCUCCUUCAGCUUCAUCAUUUUUUCCUUCAUCUGUCUGGCCACGCUGGUCUACAUCUGGCUCGUGGUCCCAGAGACCAAGAACAAGACCUUCCUGGAGAUCUGCCAGAUGUUCGCCAAGAGGAACAAAGUGGAGAUCAAACUGGGUGACGGGGGUUUAGCACUAAAAGAGAGCAAAGAGAGUCUGGAGGAUGCAGUCAAGGUCACGGCCUUCUGAAGAAAAAUGGGAGCAUUCAGAACCGAGAGGAAGUCCUCGCUCCGGGAGGGGGGUUUGUAAUAAACUAGGCCUGUUUUAAUACAGCUCUAUUUUUAUUUUACAAAGAAUCUCUACAAAGUCUCUUUGUUAUAGUUGGCUGUGCCUGUUUCAGUGCGGUCUAAACAUCUUAAAUUAUUGUGUGGAGCAGAAAACAGCUUUAUUGUACAGAGGUAUUGUACUCGUUAAUAGUGCUGCAGAUCAUAUUUCAUCAGUUCUGUACAUAAAACACAUUAUUUAAUCUCUAAGUAUGUUGAAUAAAUGGAAUAUGUAAUAUCAGUUUUCAGGCUUUGGAGUCCUUUAACCUUUAUAUGCUGUUUAGGUCAAAUUUG